GACCUCGACGCCAACAACCACAACCCACACACAGCGGUCAUCAAUCAACAUGUCUCCUUGGGAAGUCCGUGUCUCGACCUCGCGCGGCAUGCCGUAUUUCUACAACACCCAGACGCAGCAGUCGCUCUGGGAUCGCCCACCGGAGCUCACAGAGGAGCAAAUAAUGAACCUGCCUGGUGCGAGCGAGCAUCUCGGUGGGAGCGAUUGCCCCGCCCAGGUGCGCGCGAGCCAUCUGCUUGUGAAGCACAGCGGGAGCAGGCGUCCAUCCAGUUGGAAAGAGCCGAACAUCACGCGCUCGAAAGAAGAGGCUAUCACCAUCCUGCGAGGGUACGAGUCGCAGAUCAACGGCUCUCCGAGCUCGUUCUCCGAGCUCGCGUCCGUACACUCUGACUGCUCUUCGCACUCAUCCGGAGGCGACCUCGGCUGGUUCCGCCCCGGACAGAUGCAGAAGCCGUUCGAGGACGCGACGUACGCGCUCAAGGUCGGCGAGAUUAGCGAUGUCAUCAGCACGGAGAGCGGCGUGCACUUGAUUCUGCGCACUGGUUGA